AUGGAGUCGGCUGUUAUUGAAUACAUAACCGAAAGGUAUUGUAAUCUAACACAAGUGGGAGGACUGCUCGACAAUAAAGGCUACGGAAUCGCCACCAGAAAAGGUUGCGAACCGAGAAUUCAUUUAAUUACGAGCUCAUUAUAUCGGACCCCUCUGUCGGAAGCCAUUGUGAAACUACAAGAGACGGGAGUAUUGCGUGAAUUGAAGAUCAGGUGGUGGUCCCAGAAGUCGGGUGGAGGCGCCUGUCUUAGCAAACCCAGCGCUUCCCUGCAAGAGAUGGGACUGAAGAAUGUCGGCGGAGUCUUCAUUAUACUCAUCGUUGGCUCCAUUUUCGCC